UAUACCCCAAAAAAUCUAGAAUUGAAGUUAAUCCCAAGUAAUCUUUUCUUACUAUAAAUGCUCAUUCUAAUCUUCAUACAAGCCAACCUCAUGCUCACUUCUUGUCCCUCUCUCAAAGAACCAUGGCAACCAUGGUAUCAUUUCACUCAUUUUUCUCCAUAUCUCUUGCAAUAUCCAUCAUAUUUGUCUCUAGAUUCUCCAUCACAGAAGCUAACAAUGGCGGUUUCACUGUGGAUCUAAUACACCGAGACUCGCCAAAAUCUCCAUUCCACAACCCUUCUCUAACUCCUUCACAAUGCCUGAACAAUGCUUUGCAACGUUCAUUUUCCCGUGUUCAUCAUCUCAUGUCAUUCUCUACCCAAUCAGCUUCAGCCAAUGUAAUCCCCAAUGGUGGAGAAUAUAUCAUGAAGAUAUCCAUGGGGACCCCACCGGUUCAAAUUCCUGUAAUUGUCGAUACUGGUAGUGACCUUAUAUGGACACAAUGCAAGCCCUGUAUUCGUUGCUACAACCAGAAGCCUUCUCUAUUCAGUCCAAACAGUUCUUCUUCAUAUAAAGUGGUACCUUGUAGUUCAAAACAAUGCCUAUCUUUUCCAAGAACUUCUUGCCUCCCAACUACGAAUACUUGCCAGUACUCAGUCAGUUAUGGAGACAAAUCUUUCAGUCACGGAGAUCUCGCCACCGAAACGGUAAAAUUGGGUUCCACCACCCUCCGCGACAUGAUUUUUGGUUGUGGACAUGACAACGGCGGCACGUUCAGCGAUGCUGGAGCUGGCAUAGUCGGCCUCGGAGGUGGUCAAGUUUCGCUUAUCUCACAGAUGGGAUCUUCCAUUGCAGGCAAAUUUUCUUAUUGCUUGGUGCCAAUGUCUGCCCAAAACACCAAGGCCAGCAAAAUGAACUUUGGAGGCAGUGGUGUGGUUUCAGGGCGUGGGGUGGUUUCAACUCCAAUAGUCUCAAAAUCCCCAUAUUCUUUCUAUUUCUUGACACUGGAAGGAAUCAGUGUUGCAAACAAAAGGCUGGACUUUUACACGUCCUCAGCCUCAUCAAAUACUUCUAAGUUAGCUCAGGCCGGUAACAUCGUCAUUGACUCUGGUUCAACCCUGACCCUCCUUCCACCUGAUCUCUACAACCGGUUAGUGUCGGCCGUGAAAAGUACGAUCAAGGCCCGACCGGUCAAGGAUCCGAAAUUGAUCCUAAGUUUGUGCUACUCUAAGUUGAAUGUUAGUUCCAUACCUAUUAUUACUGUGCAUUUCAGGGGUGGAGACUUGAAGUUGAAUCCAUUGAACACCUUUGUUAGGACUAGCUUGUUUUCCAUAUGCUUGGGUUUUGCCCCAGCUGGAGAGAUCGCCAUUUAUGGUAACCUGGCACAGAUGAACUUCUAUGUGGGCUAUGACCUAAAGAAGAAGAUGAUUACCUUUAAGCCUAUGGAUUGCACCAAACAGUGAUCAAUAUCAGACACAAUUUUUUAUCUUUGCAAUUUUAUAUGCAGAGAAUUUAGUGUGACUUUCUCUCUCUCUCUCUCUCUCAAUUAAUUAUGUUUGUCAAUAUGUAACCUAAAAGUGAU